AUGGAUGGCGGGGUCAACGAGAAUCAAGAUGAAGUUCUGAAGCAUGUGCAAGACAAUGUUGCAAAUAAUGUUAAAAAUACGUCUUUUUUAAAUACUUCCAAACCAGAUCAUGAAAUUAUACAUACACCAUCCUUUAGUUUAGCCGAAACACCGCAACCUAGAAUAAUAACGCAAGAAAAUCAAGACCUUUCAGCAUAUUUACCUCUUCAUCAACCGCUUGAGAUUCUCGAAAGAAGAAUUCGUGGAGAUUACCAUCGAUAUGAAUGUCCUACUGAAUCUGUUGCAGAAUUAUACAUGAUAAUACCAGAUUUUGAACCAAACCCUGACGAAUUAGCCUAUGGUUUUACAUAUUCACUUCCAAGGGAUGAAAAUCGAGUUCCUACGUUCUGGGAGAGAAGAGCAUAUGAUUUAGACUCAGAGCUUCUCGAUGACAAAGAAUCUGAAGAACUUGAAAAAGAAGUAGAAGAAAAAAUGAAAAUAGUUUAUGUCCAAAAGAUGAGACGCACAGACUGGCGAGAACAGAAAAGGCUACUUAGAAUUGUGCAAGAAAAUGAGGAGAAACAAGCGGAAUUGGAGGCUGAAUCGCGAAAAUCGAAUUCAUUUUGGAUAGAUCCAUUGCCUCCUGAUCAACGGAAGAAGAAAAAGCAGGAAAACUCUACCUUAAGAAUUCAAUGGUCUAUUGGAGCUGUCUUGACAGAUUCUACUGAUGUUGAGACAGAUCCAGAUGAUUUUAUCUUAUAA